AGCAUGUGUUGUUAUCACCUGUUUCAAACGCCUAGGUAAUAGGACUAUGCAAAUGGUCGUCAACGCUCUUUGACAUGAAGCCUGGAAGCUGUUUUACAAUGCACGUUGCGGGCAACGUCUAAUACAUGUAUCCAGGUUUUCAAGCUACCGAGUGUUAUCCGUAAACGCGUUGGCGAGAGGGCCGCUGGCCCGUUGCGUUGGCACUUUUCGAGGCCUUUUAGCCCUUAUCGGCGAGUUACUUAGGUCUAGAUGGUGCUCUUCUUGCCAUUAUAGCUUAAGGCCAGGCUCAAACUGUGAACCGGGCCUUUUCGUGUUGGCUGGACUGAAUGCCACUGCGCUGGGCGUCUUGCUUGUUCCGCCCAUCUGGGGCGGCAACAUCAUCCCUGGAAGUGAACCCAGCUGCAUGCCCCGUGGAGUUACAGGAGCAGCUUGUCACGCGCGGAACAUCUUGCUUGCGGCCUCGCGGUUCCCAAAUCCUGUAUGAACGCUUUGAUGAUGCUGGCCAGGGCGCGUUCACGCCUCCGGUCUUAAUCUACCUAAAGCGUAUGCACUUGAGCAGCGGCCUGGAAGUGUGCGUCAAACGCACCCUCAUUACCCACUUCAUCGGCCGCGCUGCUCGAGAGGCCCGGCUGCAGGUUCAGUUGCAGCAUCCGCACCUGCUGCCAGCCUUGGCUAGUGUACGUGGCCGUCAUCACUACUACCUUGUCCUUCCAGCUGCUGAAGGGGACCUGUGGGCUGAGGUGGAAUCCAAGCGACAGCGUGGCAGCGGUUACAGUGAAGAGGAGUUACGGGAUGUGGCUCGGCAAAUGCUUCUUGGCUUGGAGCACCUCCAUGCCAGCCAUCUGGCGCAUCGUGACAUCAAGCCCGCCAACUUGCUACGCAUGUCGGAUGGCCGCGUGGUGGUCGCGGACUUUGGCUGCGCUGACGGCUGUACGGCGGGCUUUGUGGCGGCAGGUACGACACAGUUCCAGCCGCCCGAGUGCCGCCGCGGCUCGGGGUCGCAGCUGGCAGUGCUGCCCAAGGGCUACGACCAGCGGACCCAGGACAUGUGGAGCGUGGGCGCCACCCUUGGGACGCUGUGGUUUGCGCGCAUGCCUGAAGUCACCCGGGGCGGCGGUGUGACCGCCGCUACCGCCGCUGGCGGCAACAAGAGCGGCUCGGCCGGCCUCGCCGGGGCGCCCAACUGCUCACCCACCUCGGCUGCUUCCCUGACCCCUGCUGGCAGCCGCUGUGGCGAGGGUGCCCUCCAGCUGGCGUCAGCGUCGGCCACGGGCCCCACCACCUCCUCCUGUGCCGCAGAUGACGAGGACACGGCCGCAGCAGCCCCUGCUCCAUUAUCUCCGUCCCCGUCCGGCUCAUCGACUGCCGCUGCGACGGGGCCAGCGGAACCGCCGCCACCCCUGCCCGCAUUCCUCGCGGCGGCCGGCUUUGCGUCAUGUGGCUCCACAGUCGGCGCAUGCGGGGAGCCCAUGAGUUUGGAGCUGCUAGACCUGCUGGCGUCGCUGCUGAGGCUGCGGCCAAGCGAGCGCGCUACUGCAAGCCAGGCGCUGCAGCAUGCGUGGCUGACGUCGUCGUCGGCGUCUUCAUCGACUGCUGCGUCAGGGUUGUCAGCAGCACGCCAGGCAGCGCGAUCGGAUCAAACGGCGGGGGCGGGCAGUCCCGAUGUGAGGCCGGCGUCCAGCCGUCAGGCGGAAGACCUGGCGCCGGCUGCGUUGUCGCACUCGCCGACGCCGACGCCGCCUCGACGGCAGUUGGAGGCGCGGUCCGCCCGGUCUGCUGGCGCAAUGCAGCCGCUGGCAUCGUCUGCGUCGUCGCCGCUGAAGCGCCUGCGGACCGCGGAAGACCGCUUCCUGCACUUCUUCUCACACCA